AUGCCCCUCGUCUAUGGGUCGACACCCGAAAGGGUUGGAUCCAUUCGAGGAACGGUCCGUUUUUCGACCAACUACCCCUGCAAGGGUAAAGAUGUUGUCAUCAUGUACGAAGCUAAAGCCGAGGCGCAAUGGUCAGCAUUGGAGAACAAAAAGGUCGUUAAACACCAGACAGAAGAGAUACUCGGAUACCACAUCUGGCACUUUCCCCUUGAGCACACAAAGACCGGCGGGUCGACCGUCGCUGUGGGCGUUUACGAAAAGGAGUUUGAGAUCCCUCUUGUCCAUCCUUCCUCAGCGGCAGCAGCAGCCGCCUCCUCGUCUUCUCCCCUUCGCAACAACAACCCCUCUGCUUCCCCUCCUUCCCCUCCUUCGUCACCUUCUCCUUCGCCCUCUGCAGGGUCCGCUGCCGCUUCCUCAAAAAGCAAUUCCGCUCUCAUCCCCCACACAACAUCAACAGUGAUGGUCGGUGCAAAACAGGUUGGCCCGGUCAGUGCUUCUGCAACAGCUGCUGGAUUGCUCCCUUCGAGCAGCUAUAGCCCUCAAGCAAGGAUCAAAUACACUAUCCGCGCCAUCCUCCAACGCCCCUUCCCAUUCAUCACUCACGUUGAGGCCUCUCAGGAGGUCUGGGUCUUCAACUCUAGUCUGCCCCCUCAGUUCCCCUUAUUGACGCCCUUGUCCCCCUCCAACUCCACCGGUCGUCGAUCCCAUUCCAAUGCGUCCAGUAAAAAAAGGCUCCAAUCUGCCAAAACCAACACAACUUCUGCAGCUGCAACCACAACCACAACAGCCACAACCAACCCAACGCCUGCAGAGAAGGCUCCCGACAAGGAGUCGUCGAAAUCUCUUGAGUGCAGUGAGGUGCUCAAGUCCCAGUCCUUGCUCUCACUGCCCAUGCCCUCACAGGUCUUCAAGUCCGCGCUGGCUAUGCUCCCUUCCAUCGAUCUAUCGCGCUCCAAGCAAUUGUUCUCAAUAUCAAAGACAGCAGGACCAUCGCCCGCGUCCGCGUCUGAACCCGCAUCUGGAUCGGAAACUGGAGCUGGAUCAAGAUCAGGAACAACAGCAGCAGCGUCAUCUUUCCAACCAUCCACGUCCGCUGCUGCGACUACUCCUGAUAAUGCCACGACUCCGACCGCUACAACGACGACGACGGCGACCAAGGACUCGACGGACAUCACUUCUGAAGCUGGCUCUUCUUCAAGUUGUUCCUCUGUCUCUUCGCCACGAUUGGAUGGUCGCGAAAACAACUACAACCACCAAUCUCAUCCUGAGGAUACGGACAACGAUAAUAUCGCCGACUACACUGGAGUCUGGGAGGCCUUUGAUAUCCCAUACUCCCUCUCGCUGCCGUCGGAAAUGGUCUACGUCGGACAGGUUGUCCCGCUCACCAUUCGAUUUGGACCUCACCACGGAUACUGCAGCAGCAGCAACAAGCAGCAGGAGCAAGGUAACGCCGGUCAUCAGGACACUCCUUCGCGUCGGUUUAUGGUCAAGAAGGGUGUCCUCAGACUGAUGGAGCAUACGCUUUUGCGGGAAGUCACGACAACACAGGUUCCUCUUUCAAAGUCGGCCUCUGCCCAGAACAAGAACCACAACAAGUCUUUGGUCUUGAUGACAACCAAUGCCCAUGCCCCUUCCCAGGCGACACUCGAGAAGACCUUUGAGGAUGAUGGCUCGACCAAGGAUUCUUCUCAUCGCCGUGCAUUCUCGGAACAACAACCUCACCCCAACAGUAACGGAAAGUCGAAGCGAAUGGUACCUUUGUUUGGCAAGCGUCAAGACCAGAAUGCGAUCUAUCAAGAGCAGGGAUACCACGGCAGUCAUUCGCACCUGCCACUUCCUGGUGGGGGAGACUCUGAUGCAGAACAACAGCGGCAACGCAAUACCAAGUCUCAACAUCAGCACCAACUUUCGGUGCCUGGAGGAGGAGAUGCCCAUUCGUCGUCGCAUAAGCAUGAAGGAGACCUUCGAAAGUCGUUUUUCAAGCCGAAUCGUCAUAGUAUGGAUGUCUCGACUGGCCGACCGGUUUCGAUGGUCAAUCCGUACGGUCCCACGAACGGCAGCAACCCCCGGAUUGUGAGCAGUAUCGAGGCAAAGUUCAAGACCGAGGUGAUGCUCUUAUCCCUGACACCCUUCUUGCAACGACAGGAGCAGUGGUACCAACGAAAGCUCAAUAAAGCCGCCUUCGACUCUGCCGCUGGAUCGACAGGACGAACGCAUGACGGAUCUGAUGGCGACAAGGUUGCCACCCAACAGAAGGAAGACAACGAAGAAGAGAGAGGUGACAUGUACGUGGAGGAGGAAGAUGUAGAAGAAGAUAUCGAGGAUGGAGUCUGGCAGACGACGAUCUGGGUGCCUAUCCCUGGCCCUUCGGCGAUGGCGACGUUUACCGAGACCAAAAACAUUAUCAAGACUCAUACUCUCCAGCUCAUCUUGCUCUGCGGUCUUGGUGGCGAGGCUGUGCCAGUGCCAGCGGCGGUGGUGCAAGGUGAAGAUGGAGAGGCCGAUUCGGGUUCUGGUUCUGCUGCGGCGUCGGUGGCAGCUGUUUCGUUGUCCAACGUCAACAAGGAGUUCCGUCUCGAGAUGGAUUUGCAUGUCACUGGUCCUAGAUCUCCCGUCGAGAUGACCAUUAAGCACCUUUAA